AUGGAGAUGGCAAAGGCCAAGGAGAUGGGCUGGAAUUACGAGGAGGUGGAUGUCUUCGACGUGCUGGAAGAGCAGUUUCCGAAAGGCCAACUAGUCGACGCUUGGUGCGAGGCCACGAAGUCCUGGCGGAGAGGCACGGUCGAGAAGCAGGAUCUUGUGGACACCGAGCAGGAGGACGGUUCCGAUGACACCGUGGUGCGAUGGACUCUGCGAUGUCAGCUCACCAGGCAGACCUUCGACGCCUUUUGCGUUUGCAGCACUGCUGCGACCAUGAAGGCCAUGCUGGAUCAUGUCGGUGAUGUGAAGCUGCGCGGGAUCCUCAUGGAGUGCCUUCCGCACGUCGACGUGCUGGACAUCGGCACCCAUCGGCUUCGCCCAGACCUCGUGGCCCUGAGAGCCAGGCUGCAAAUUAAGUCCAUCGGAACCUUGCACAAACUCAGAAAUGGAGUCCUCAAUGACGACCUCGAGCGAAGCAUCAACGCGCACCUCGCAGAUCCCCGCUGGGAGGUGGAAGUCAGCAAAUCCCACUUUAUGGAAAUGUACGACACCAGCCUCCGGGCGCUCGACAAGCUGACGUGUCACCAGAGAGAGCGUCUUAGUACCAUCAAAGGCUCGGACAUGGUGCAUUUGUUUGCUCCUGCCGGUGCCGGCAAGACCUUCGUGGCUGUGGAGCGGGUGAUCGAUGCUCUGAAUCCUGGGGCUGAUGAGCCAGCUCCUCGCGUCCUCUAUGUAGCCGCUACCGUCGAGCUGAUCUACUACUUCGUCCAGUGGCUGGCCGUGCGCAUCGUCUCUCAGAAGAAGGAUUUGGAACUUCUUUCUGCGUUGGUUAUGCUUUUCAAGCCAUACAAGAAGCUCCUCCGGCUUCGUAUGCCCGUGCUGCAAGACGGGGACAUCGAGUUCGAAGCAGUGAUCACGAACCACGACGAGAAUGACAGGUUCGAUCUCCUUGUCAUUGACGAGAGCCACAACAUGUAUCAGGACGGGGUCGACCGCGGCAUUAUUGACGAUCUGCAUUGCAGCAAAAGGCUGCUGUUGUCCGACAACGCCCAGUCGUCGGCCGUGACAGCCACGUUUCCAGAGAUGGAGGAGGUGCAGCUGACAGAAGUUGUCAGGAGCACGAAGCAAAUCGUCCUGGGCGCUGCCUCGUUCCAGGUCAACGCCGAAGCUGCUGUGCCCGCAGGCACCGAUGGCCCACCAGUGAAGUCCUACAUCUUUCAGGCUUCGAAGGACGAGGAUGAGCGGAUGCAGCACUACGCCCGGCGCGUGAUGGAUGCCAUCCUUCACGUCGACAACGUGUAUUCGGGGGUGAGCCUGCACAAGAGACUUGCCCUCUUCGUUCCAGAUGGUCAGUUCCUGACGAAGCUGAAGAGGACAUUCAACCCGUU